CUCGCCAACGCAUGCGUCCUCACACGGCUUCCAAACGAAGCAAGCCGACGCCGCCAUUUCACAUCGUGGUGUUGAGUCUUUCAAUUUGUUUGACCAAAAAGUGACAAUUUUGCCCAAAAUCCUUCAAAAAACCCCCUCGUUAGCCUAAUUCUACCAGAAUAGAAGCCCCAAAAGGCGGAACGACGAUGCCGGGUUUUAGCAGUGCGGGAACGUUCAAAAUAUUUAUCGGCAACCUCGCCGAGAAAACAGCGGUGACGGACCUCCGUCCCCUGUUCGAGAAAUACGGGAAGGUGGUGGAAUGCGACGUCGUGAAGAAUUACGGGUUCGUUCAUAUGGAGAACGAAUCGGAAGGUCGCGAAGCGAUACAAAAUUUGAACGGCCACAUGUUGAACGGCCAGCCAAUGAAGUGUGAGGCGGCGAAGAGCCGCAAGGCCCCUCAAACACCGACGACGAAAAUCUUCGUCGGCAACCUCACCGAUAACACGAAGGCGCCGCAGAUCCGCGAAUUGUUCAAAAAGUACGGAACGGUGGUGGAAUGCGACAUCGUCCGCAACUACGGUUUCGUGCACCUCGAGUCGUCGGGUGACGUUAACGAAGCGAUCAAAGAGCUGAACGGCACUCUGGUGGACGGGCAGCCCAUGAAGGUGCAAGUUUCGACGAGUCGCGUGCGUCAACGGCCCGGAAUGGGCGAUCCCGAACAAUGCUAUCGAUGCGGUAGGGGCGGACAUUGGUCCAAGGAGUGUCCCAAAGGUAUGGGACCUGACCGCUUCCGCGACCGAAUGUUCGGUAGGGAUCCAUACCCGCCGCCGCCACCGCCUCCAUUCCUUCGCGACCGGAUGAUGGGCCGAUUUGGGGACGGCUAUGAUGGCUACUACGACCGCCGUUUCGAAGAAUCCCGCGAUUUGUACGAGCGCAGAUACUCAGGUUUGCCGCCAAGGGGUGACAUGGGGAUGCGCGGAGGCAGAGGCGAUUUCCUGCCGCCUCCGUUGCCACCACGUCGCGAGCCUUUGCCACCUAUGCCCUCGAUCGGUCUCCGAGGACCACCUUCCAGCAGCAUGAGUGGCGGCAUGAGGGAUUCGAGUUUUGCGAGAGGUGGAAGUGACUAUGGCAUGUUUAGCAGAAGGAGUCCGCAGCCUUCAGGUGGCGGCAUGCCUGGCUCGAGGAUGAGUCGGAUGUAUGAGGAUUUCAGUAGGGAUUCGUUUGAUGACAGGAGGGUGGAUACCAGAGGACCAUCACCGUCGAGACGGUACGCCCCGUAUUAAAGUAUUUAGUAUUAAGAAUAUCACGUUUCUUUUAUUAUUAUUUUUAUUUGUGUGCCCACCUCGACUGUUAUGUAGACGUCUACGUAUCAAGUAAAAAAAAUUCCGGAGGUAACAUUCAUGACGCUCGUUAAUUUUUACCUUCUUUAUAUUAAAAUUACCAAUUUGCAAGGUUUUAUUUUUGUGAUGAGAGUUUUUGUGGAGUAUGUUGUGACAUUUCUCAUUUGUAAAAUAUGAAGUAACUGAUAAUAAAUUAGGUUUCUACUAAAAA